AUAUCGCAAGCGCAGUGACACACUAGUUCUUCUAGAUCUCUCGAGAUGGCAGCACGCGUGUGUACAUUGCUUUUGGUGCUGAACGUGGUUACAGGGCAAAGAAAUGAAGGAAUAAUUGACCAUUUGAGCAAUGGGAUGAAGUUUGCGAAGGAUUUUCUUGGUUCAGAGUCAAUAGCCUUAAAAGUUGCUGAAUUCGUCGUCCGCGCAUUCCAAAACGCCAACCCUCCACAAAUAAACCGACGUAAACCCCUAGAGGGUUAUGAAGAUGAAACAGAAAACUUUGCGCAGGAAAAUAGACCUUAUUCUAAUGUCGAAGAAGCUCCAAGUCCUAUGGCGCCACUGAAGAAUUUGGUGAGGCUGUUUGGCUUGCACCCCAAUCAGAUUAGUGCAGUGGCUGUUAAUGCUUUGGUUUUUGUUGCACAAAUGAUAUCUACCUUCCUCUCCGGUCCAAAAAGGCCUAACCGCCCAUACCGUUACGACGAUACUACCCAAUGGAUUCUUAACAAAAACUCCCGAAAACUGCAGGACAUCCUCGCUACAGCCAAGAACCAAUCGCUCCCUGACUUGCUAGAAGACAUCGUGGAAAAACAAAGCCAGGGUGAAGAAGCUAGUUGUAUUAAACUUCUCGUCUGUAAAAUAACUCCGUUCGUGACAAAAAUGCAGACUGCUGUAUUUGGGGAAAUCAAAAUAGACGAUGGCGAUAAAGUUCUAGGCGCAGAUAGUAUGUAUCGCCAUCUACCGACGAGUAAUGAAAUUGAGAAUCGCAGCGCCAUCUGCGAGCAGAAGCAUCGAGACUGUGAUUUAAAUGAAUGAAUGGGAAGUUAGAAUAACUUAACUCGU